GAUCAGUUAUGGACGACAAAAUUAUUGAUGAUGUUAUGCUGCCUGGUUUUCGUUUUCAUCCUACUGACGAGGAGCUGGUUGGAUUCUAUCUCAAAAGAAAGAUUCAACAAAGACCUCUUCCCAUUGAGCUCAUUAAACAAGUUGAUAUUUACAAAUAUGAUCCAUGGGACCUCCCUAAGCUGGCUACAAGUGGGGAGAAGGAGUGGUAUUUCUACUGCCCUCGGGACAGGAAAUACCGAAAUAGUGCCCGUCCCAACCGUGUCACGGGAGCUGGUUUUUGGAAAGCUACUGGAACUGACAGACCAAUUUACUCUUCAGAGGGUACCAAAUGCAUUGGUUUGAAGAAGUCUUUAGUGUUCUACAGAGGUAGAGCUGCUAAAGGCCUCAAAACUGAUUGGAUGAUGCACGAGUUUCGCCUUCCUACCACCACACCACCACCACCAAACAAGUUCUCGGGGCAUAACAACUUUCCACCCAACGAUUCUUGGGCGAUCUGCAGGAUUUUCAAGAAAACGAAUUCGAUGGCGAAUAGAGCUAAUUUUGCACACCCAUGGGUGAACGUACUAUCUGAAGCUUCUCCAGAGGCAUUAUUAUUCAAUCAGUUUGGUUCAGAAAACAUGUCUUCUUCUUCUUCCAUUACACCUCUCCAGCUAUCCAUUAACAAUGAGUUACAACAACAUUUCUCUGCUCCUCCUCUCAACACCAAUAUUCUUCUUCCCACUUAUAAUAAGCCUGCAUCGUCUCUUUUUUCAAAUCAAAGUCAUAGUCCGAGUCCUGAUGAGCUUCCCAGCAGCUGCAGUAACUUGAUGGUUCCAUCAUCAUCAUCCUCAUCAUCUCUGGCGGCUUCCGUGCUUUUCGACACACCACCCACCUUAUUCUCUCCUCUCAAUAACACUACUGCUACUUCAGAUCACUUUGAACAAUCUCAUCAUCAACACUUGAACAUGGAUGAUGAUGAUGAUGAGGCUGCAGUGGGGUUAAGGAAUAUGAGAUCAAUGGGGUUCCCUUUCAGCUUGGCAUCUGAACCAUGGAAGCAAUCUACUUUUUCCUGGGAUUCUCCAACCUACUGACAUAUAUACAUAAUUUGUGUAUACAUACAUACUCUUAGAACCCGCCCUGUAUGUACUGCAAACCUUCUCCAUCUAUUGUACAGUUUUAUGUUACUCCUUUGUUUGCGUCCAAUCCAUAUAUGAAUUUGAAUUGGGCAAAUUAU